AUGGUCCCCCGGGAUGUCUGGGAGUGCAUCAAGCCGGUGGCCGGCGGCCGCAGGACCAAGUGGGACCAAAACGUGAAGGACUUCGAGGUCAUCGAAGCCGUCAGCGACAUUGUCUCUGUGUGCAGAACCACAACCCCUUCAGCUUUCAUGAGGAUUAUUUCACCAAGAGAAUUUGUGGAUGUGGUGCUAGUGAAGCAGUACGAAGAUGGGACGAUGCUCUCUGCUGCCACCAAUGUGGAACACCCACUGUGUCCUCCUCAACCAAAUUUCGUGAGAGGCUUUAAUUACCCAUGUGGCUGUUUCUGUGUACCUAUUCCAGGGGAACCAGACAGGACUCAGCUCCUCAGUUUCUUUCAGACUGAUCUUGGUGGCUUUCUUCCCCAGACAGUGGUUGAUUCCUUCUUUCCAGCUAGCAUCACUGGAUUUUACAGCAAUCUGGCCAAAGCUGUUCAGGAAUUAAAAGCAUGA